AUGGAGGGACAGAUCGCCAGGUUGGUAACAGCUUUCGGCGAGAUGAUGUCUCACCUGGCAGCACGAGGGUCAGGACGGGGGCGAGCAACCUUUGCGCCUGAGGCAGGGCCACAGCACAGCCUCAGAGUAUGCCCUGUUAUUUCGGAUGGUGGCAGCGUCCAGCAGGUGGAACAGCGUCCAGCAGGAGGAACAGCGUCCAGCAGGUGGAUUGACUUCCGCAAGGGAUUGCGGACGGAGGUCCAAAUCGAGCUACCGUGGCCCAAGGAGCUGGGGAUCACCAGAGUCUCUGUGGAUGAGAGAGAAUCCCGGAGUCGUCAGGGUCUGUACCUGUUCUACGGGGAGAAGGGGCAUUACCGGAAGGGGCAGUUCAGGCGCAGGAAGGGGGUGAUUGGAUUUGCCACAUUUUACCAACGAUCCGUCAAAGGCUUCAGCACCUUCACAGCGCAGCUCACAUCGUUGUUGAAAGGCCGACCUCAACGCCUCCACUGGAACCCAGAUGUGGAGAAGGCCUUCCUUGUCCUGAGGGGCAGGAACCUCACAGCUCCUCUCCUGAAACACCCAGACCCCCUCAAGCCCUUCUCAGUGGAGGCAGACGCAUCCGAGGUCUGGGUGGAAGAGGUCCUCUCCCAGGAGCACAGGGAUCCACCAUUCAAAGAAACUGUCUGCUGCAGAGAGGAAUUCAGCUACAACCACUUUGUCAACAGCACCAACUUCACCAUUGAAUACAACUUCAGCUUCAAACAAUGUCUCAGCAACAUCACCAACACCUGCUGUCAUCUCAGCGUCAACACCAACACCUUCUGUCAGUGCAAGUUCAGCUCCAACCACUUUGUCAACACAACCAACUUCACCUUUGAAUACAACUUCAACUUCAAACAAUGUCUCAGCAACAUCACCAACACCUGCUGUCAUCUCAGCGUCAACACCAACACCUUCUGUCAGUGCAAGUUCAGCUCCAACCACUUUGUCAACACAAACAACUUCACCUUUGAAUACAACUUCAGCUUCAAAAAAUGUCUCAGCAACAUCUCCAACACCUGCUGUCAUCUCAGCGUCAACACCAACCCCAAUGUUAACACCACCAACACCAUCUGUCAGUGCAAGUCCAGCUCCAACCACUUUGUCAACACCACCAACUUCACCUUUGAAUACAACUUCAGCUUCAAACAAUGUCUCAGAAACAUCACCUACACCUGCUGUCAUCUCAGCGUCAACACCAACACCUUCUGUCAGUGCAAGAUCAACUCCAACCACUUUGUCAACACAACCAACUUCACCUUUGAAUACAACUUCAACUUCAAACAAUGUCUCAGCAACAUCACCAACACCUGCUGUCAUCUCAGCGUCAACACCAACACCUUCUGUCAGUGCAAGUUCAGCUCCAACCACUUUGUCAACACAACCUACUUCACCUUUCAAUACAACUUCAGCUUCAAACAAUGUCUCAGCAACAUCUCCAACACCUGCUGUCAUCUCAGCGUCAACACCAACCCCAAUGUUCACACCACCAACACCAUCUGUCAGUGCAAGUCCAGCUCCAACCACUUUGUCAACACAACCUACUUCACCUUUCAAUACAACUUCAGCUUCAAACAAUGUCUCAGCAACAUCACCAACACCUGCUGUCAUCUCAGCGUCAACACCAACACCUUCUGUCAGUGCAAGUUCAACUCCAACCACUUUGUCAACACAACCAACUUCACCUUUGAAUACAACUUCCACUUCAAACAAUGUCUCAGCAACAUCACCAACACCUGCUGUCAUCUCAGCGUCAACACCAACACCUUCUGUCAGUGCAAGUUCAGCUCCAACCACUUUGUCAACACAACCUACUUCCCCUUUCAAUACAACUUCAGCUUCAAACAAUGUCUCAGCAACAUCUCCAACACCUGCUGUCAUCUCAGCGUCAACACCAACCCCAAUGUUAACACCACCAACACCAUCUGUCAGUGCAAGUCCAGCUCCAACCACUUUGUCAACACCACCAACUUCACCUUUGAAUACAACUUCAGCUUCAAACAAUGUCUCAGAAACAUCACCUACACCUGCUGUCAUCUCAGCGUCAACACCAACACCUUCUGUCAGUGCAAGAUCAACUCCAACCACUUUGUCAACACAACCAACUUCACCUUUGAAUACAACUUCAACUUCAAACAAUGUCUCAGCAACAUCACCAACACCUGCUGUCAUCUCAGCGUCAACACCAACACCUUCUGUCAGUGCAAGUUCAGCUCCAACCACUUUGUCAACACAACCUACUUCACCUUUCAAUACAACUUCAGCUUCAAACAAUGUCUCAGCAACAUCUCCAACACCUGCUGUCAUCUCAGCGUCAACACCAACCCCAAUGUUCACACCACCAACACCAUCUGUCAGUGCAAGUCCAGCUCCAACCACUUUGUCAACACAACCUACUUCACCUUUCAAUACAACUUCAGCUUCAAACAAUGUCUCAGCAACAUCACCAACACCUGCUGUCAUCUCAGCGUCAACACCAACACCUUCUGUCAGUGCAAGUUCAACUCCAACCACUUUGUCAACACAACCAACUUCACCUUUGAAUACAACUUCCACUUCAAACAAUGUCUCAGCAACAUCACCAACACCUGCUGUCAUCUCAGCGUCAACACCAACACCUUCUGUCAGUGCAAGUUCAGCUCCAACCACUUUGUCAACACAACCUACUUCCCCUUUCAAUACAACUUCAGCUUCAAACAAUGUCUCAGCAACAUCUCAAACACCUGCUGUCAUCUCAGCGUCAACACCAACCCCAAUGUUCACACCACCAACACCUUCUGUCAGUGCAAGUUCAGCUCCAACCACUUUGUCAACACAACCUACUUCACCUUUCAAUACAACUUCAGCUUCAAACAAUGUCUCAGCAACAUCACCAACACCUACUGUCAUCUCAGCGUCAACACCAACACCUUCUGUCAGUGCAAGUUCAGCUCCAACCACUUUGUCAACACAACCUACUUCACCUUUCAAUACAACUUCAGCUUCAAACAAUGUCUCAGCAACAUCACCAACACCUACUGUCAUCUCAGCGUCAACACCAACACCUUCUGUCAGUGCAAGUUCAGCUCCAACCACUUUGUCAACACAACCGACUUCACCUUUCAAUACAACUUCAGCUUCAAACAAUGUCUCAGCAACAUCACCAACACCUGCUGUCAUCUCAGCGUCAACACCAACACUUUCUGUCAGUGCAAGUUCAGCUCCAACCACUUUGUCAACACCACCAACUUCACCUUUGAAUACAACUUCAGCUUCAAACAAUGUCUCAGCAACAUCACCAACACCUACUGUCAUCUCAGCGUCAACACCAACACCUUCUGUCAGUGCAAGUUCAGCUCCAACCACUUUGUCAACACAACCUUCUUCACCUUUCAAUACAACAUCAGCUUCAAACAAUGUCUCAGCAACAUCACCAACACCUACUGUCAUCUCAGUGUCAACACCAACCCCAAUGUUCACCCCACCAACACCAUCUGUCAGUGCAAGUCCAGCUCCAACCACUUUGUCAACACCACCAACUUCACCUUUGAAUACAACUUCAGCUCCAACCACUUUGUCAACACCACCAACUUCACCUUUGAAUACAACUUCAGCUUCAAACAAUGUCUCAGCAACAUCACCAACACCUGCUGUCAUCUCCGCGUCAACACCAACACCUUCUGUCAGUGCAAGUUCAGCUCCAACCACUUUGUCAACACAACCAACUUCACCUUUCAAUACAACUUCAGCUUCAAACAAUGUCUCAGCAACAUCACCAACACCUGCUGUCAUCUCAGCGUCAACACCAACCCCAAUGUUCACACCACCAAUACCAUCUGCCAGUGAAAGUUCAGCUCCAACUUUGUUGUCAACUCAGCCAACAUUGGCUAUUAACACAACUUCAGCUUCAAGCAUUAUCGCAAUGACCCCCAUUUCGUU